AUGCGUACGAUCAACUCGCGAAGUACUUUAAGGAGCUCAACGUGGAUGUUCUGGCUGAAGAAUGCGGGCUAUCCUUUCAUCGGCGGCGUUGAAGAUACAAGUGAGAUUGAAGUCCGCGAUGAAAGGGAAGUGAACUUCUAUGGGACUCUUCGCGCUGUUCGAGCCUGUCUGCCGGUCACGCGUGCAAGAGGCUCUGAACAUAUCAUUCUCAUCAGCCACGGCGCCCGAAUGAAUAGCUUCAUAGCGCGUCCUGGACGAGAGACCUAUUCGGCUAGUAAAUUUGCCAUAGAGGCUGUUCACGAGUCGCUUUCCCCCGAAAUCAAGACUCUCGGUGUCAAAGUCCUGAUUGAGGAACCUGGUUCCUUUUGUACCCCCUUUUCGAGCCGCAUCGUUAACCCUUCUCAAAUUUGGGAAUGGCUUCAGCGACGGCUAUAA